GGAGGAAAUUCAAGGUGUUGCAGAGACAGAGCAGCAUCAAUUGCAACUAGAUCAGCCAUGCCGGCAGCUCAAAAAGAGGCUUUCUUCCGCUCAGCGGACAUGUCUUUGGUUCAGCUAUACAUUCCCUCCGAGGUGGCGAGAGAUUGCAUUGCCAUUCUGGGGGAUAUGGGCGAUGUCCAAUUCAAAGACAUGAACCAGAACGUUAACUCGUUCCAGCGUGCCUUUGUCAAAGAGAUAAGAACAUUUGACCAAUGCGAGAAGCAGAUUAAAUACCUAUCAGACUCGAUCCGCAAACAGAACAUUCACUUGCCGACUACGUCCUACGAUCAUCUGGUCAACCCACCCUCCCUCGACUAUCACUUGUUUGAGAAUUCCCAGUCCCAUUUGACUUCCUCUCAGCUAGAUGAAUUGAUAAAUGUUAUCAACACAUAUGAGGCAAAUAUUAGACAGAUGUCAAACACCAAUGACGACCUUCUGAAGAGACAACACGAGCUAAUCCAGCAUAGAAUGGUUUUACGAAACACGAGACAAUUUUUUGACGCAAGGUUGUCCUUGGAAAUAGACGACGGGGAUUCUAUAUUCAACCAGGUAAGGCUGUCGUCGGAGUCCACGAACGACAGCUUUAUGAUUUCGGAUGAUGAAGACGAAAACGCUCAUGCAAAUGGAAAUGGGAUCUUGUUGGAGUCAGGAAGAAAUAAUGCAUCUGCCACCAACAACGUCGUCGCUACGGGCGCAAACGAAUUGAACGUCUUGGGAUCAACAAUGAAUUUCAUAAGUGGUAUAAUAGAUACAGACAAAUUCAUGAUACUUGAGAAGAUAUGCUGGAGAACCUUGAGAGGUAACUUGUAUAUAAACCAUGUGCCCUUGGAUGAGCCGCUGUUGGAUAUCGCUACAGGUGAGAAAUCGUACAAGUCCAUUUUCCUCAUUUUCACUCACGGUGAUUCCUUGAUAAGUAAGUGUAAGAGGAUCAUCGAGUCCUUAGAUGGACAGCUAUACGAUGUAGAAAGUGACUACGAGGCAUACAAGCAUGAAAUGAGAACAAUCAAUGAUAAAUUAAAGGACUUGAAUGAGGUUUUACUGCAUACCGAGGAUCGUUUGCUCUUAGAAUUGAAAGAGAUCGCUUCAGAGAUAGAAAAAUGGAAAAUCACCUUCCGUAGAGAGAUCUCAGUAUACGACACAUUGAAUUUAUUCAACUACGAUUCUGCUAGAAGAUGCCUUAUCGGUGAGGGUUGGAUUCCGAUUGAUGACUUACCCUACAUAAACGCUGCAUUGAAAGACGUCACUGAUAGAGUUGAUAUGGGGUUGAGUACUAUUGUGAAUGUGAUAAAAACCAAUAAAACUCCCCCAACUUAUCACAAAACAAACAAAUUUACAGCCGCAUUCCAAUCGAUUAUCGAUGCAUAUGGUAUUGCUACUUAUCAAGAAGUCAACCCUGGUUUGGCCACUAUUGUCACUUUCCCAUUUAUGUUUGCCAUCAUGUUUGGUGAUUUAGGCCAUGGGCUAAUCUUAUUUCUUGCUGCUCUAACUCUUGUUUUGAAAGAAAAUAGUAUCGGGAAAAUGAAAAAUAGAGAUGAAAUCUUCGACAUGGCAUAUACCGGUCGUUACAUCCUUCUGCUAAUGGGUGCUUUUUCAAUGUAUACAGGUUUGAUUUACAACGAUUUAUUUUCCAAAUCCAUGACCAUUUUCCGCUCAGGCUGGAAAUGGCCAAGUGAUUUUGCUGAGGGUCAAAGUAUAGUGGCAACGCAGAGUGGUGUUUAUGCCAUUGGGUUGGAUCCAGCUUGGCACGGAACAGACAACAAUUUACUUUUUACAAACUCUUACAAGAUGAAAUUAUCCAUCUUGAUGGGCUUCAUUCACAUGUCGUACUCUUACUGUUUUGCCCUAGUGAAUUACAAGUUCUUCAAAUCAAGAGUGGACAUCAUUGGUAACUUUAUUCCAGGUUUACUUUUUAUGCAAUCUAUUUUUGGUUAUUUGACACUUACAAUUAUUUACAAGUGGUGCAUUGAUUGGGUUGGAAUCGGAAAGCCGGCGCCAAGUUUGUUGAACAUGCUAAUUAAUAUGUUUCUAUCUCCCGGCACCAUAGAUGAUCAACUCUAUCCAGGACAGGGUCCUAUACAGGUUAUCCUAGUCAUAAUUGCACUUGUUUGUGUUCCCUGGUUAUUGCUCUACAAACCUCUCACCCUGAAGCGGAUGAAUUCUCACAUUAUUCAACUAGGAUAUGCAGAUGUUGAUAGCGGGAGUAACGCACAUUCCAGGUUCUCCAUAGAAACUGUCACUUCCACUGAGACUGGAAACAACCUUUUGAACCCGUUUUCCGACGACAGCACGAUAGAACCUUCUCAUACUGCAAAUACCGAAAAUGCCGAGGGAGAAUCUUUCCCGUCCAUUUAUGACGAGGAUGGUGAUGAGCCAGAACCUUUUAACUUCGGUGAUAUUAUGGUCCACCAAGUGAUCCAUACCAUUGAAUUCUGUCUCAACUGUGUGUCGCACACAGCAUCAUAUUUGCGUCUAUGGGCUUUAUCUCUUGCUCACAACCAGUUGUCUGCUGUGCUAUGGGAGAUGACUAUCCAAAACGCAUUCUCGCCAUACAAUCAAGUUGGAUUUUUAGGAUCAAUAGCCGUCUUCCUCUUGUUCGGAAUGUGGUUUGUAUUGACAGUUUGCAUUUUGGUGGUUAUGGAAGGUACAUCUGCGAUGUUGCAUUCCCUUAGGUUGCAUUGGGUUGAAGCGAUGUCUAAAUUUUUUGAGGGUGAAGGUUAUGCGUAUGAACCGUUCAGCUUUUACAGAAUUCUCAAAGACAUGGAGACUGCUGCCUUUGAAGAAGAAAGACAGUGAACAUUUUUGUACAGCACUAGACACUCAUAUUCACUAUAUAAAGCAUAGUAUUAGAAGAUUAAAAUUAAAAGAUCGCGUU